AUGCAUUUGGACGAGCUUUUACAUAUUAUUGGAGAAUUUGGUACUUUUCAGAAAAGGCAGUAUUUUCUGGUAUGUCUCGUAGGACUGUAUACUGCGUUACCAAUACUUUGUUCGGUGUUCCUCGCAGCAACGCCCAAACACAACUGUAAAAUCCCAGCCGAAUACGUAUCGAGCGCUGAGAGGGUCUACGGAAACCUUUCUCACGAGGAGCUGCUGAACCUGACCAUCCCAUGGGAAGAAAAAGACGGCGAACUGACCAGAAGCAGUUGUAAGCUGAAAUCAUGGGACAGAAAUGCCUCUAUUGUGGACAUUGGUAAUAAUACAGCAAGUGUCGAAUGUCCUCAGGGACUGGACUACAGUCAAGAAAUCUAUACUUCAACGGUGAUCUCGGAGUUUGAUCUGAGCUGUGGCAACGAAUGGCUGGUGAGCACAAGUCAGUCCGUAUUCUUUGUCGGGAAACUGGUUGGGGACGCUUUAUCCGGGAUAAUAAGUGAUCGGUUCGGGAGACGACCCACGUUUUUGGUUGCAAUUAUUCUCUCGGCAUCUGUGGGGAUCCUCACCGCCCUUUCUCCCAAUAUGAUAGUAUACAUAGUGUCUCAAGGUUUACAGGGAUCACUCAGCGGCUGUAUAUUCCUGACCACAUUCACUUUAGGAGUUGAAUUCGUGGGCCCAAGCAAACGCAAUUUUGCUGGUUUUGGGGUAAUGUAUUUCUUCAGCAUCGGUUACUUCUAUAUCGUACUGUUUGCCUACUUCAUAAGAAACUGGAGACACCUUGCUCUAGUGCUGUACGUGCCUGCAUACCUGUUUGGACUGUAUUAUUUGUAAGUAAGGAUUCACCUUCUCUUAACUUUGUAAUGAUAUACAAGACAGAAUACUGCGAUGCAUCAAUCGUCAUUGUUAUGUAUUUUGCAGACACCAGUCUUGGAAAUUUGUGGUAAGAAUUUAAUUUAAAAAAAAA